CACUUCUCCAAGCAAAACCAAGGAAGGAGGCAACCUGAGAUUUGACACCCGUAGACUCUCCCCCGAGCCCAAGCAAGGCAAGUCCCCCACACCACUUCCCUUCCCUCUCUGCAGCCGAGGCGGCGGAGGAGAAGAGGAGCUCGAUCGAUCCCCCCCACCGGCGGCGGCGGGCGAGAUGAAGGUCACCGUGAUGACCGCCGACGAGCAGAUUCUCACCGUCGACGUCGACCCCGACGAAUCUGUGGAGAAUUUGAAGGCGCUUCUUGAGGUGGAGACUAGUGUGCCUUUGCGGCAGCAGCAGCUUCACUUCAAUGGCAGGGAGAUACAGAACACGGAUAAACUUAGCACCGUCGGAGUCCAGGAUGGCGAUCUUGUGAUGAUGGUGAAGGUUACCUCUAAUGAAAGGCCAUCUCAGGAUAUUAUAAGAUUAAACCCUGAUGGAUCUGCUGUUGAUCCUCAAGCUUUCCGACAACAUAUUCGAGGUGAUUCACAACUUAUGGGACAACUCCUUCAGAAUGACCCGGCAUUAGCACAAGCUAUUCUUGGUGAUGACAUCAAUGAGUUGCAAAAUACCUUGCGGUCACGCCAUCAACAAAGACUAGAACUAAAGCGCAAGCAGGAAGAAGAGCUUGCUCUAAUGUAUGCUGAUCCUUUUGAUGUUGAAGCUCAGAAGAAAAUUGAAGCUGCAAUUCGGCAGAAAGGUAUUGAUGAAAACUGGGAGGCUGCCUUGGAGCACAACCCUGAAGCAUUUGCUCGAGUGGUUAUGCUGUAUGUGGACAUGGAAGUCAAUGGUGUACCUUUGAAGGCCUUUGUUGACAGUGGAGCACAAUCAACUAUCAUAUCAAAAAGCUGUGCCGAACGUUGCGGGUUGCUUAGGCUGCUUGAUCAGCGAUAUAGAGGUGUUGCUAUUGGCGUUGGUCAAUCAGAGAUUCUUGGUAGAAUACAUGUAGCCCCAAUAAAGAUUGGCCAUGUCUUCUAUCCUUGUUCAUUCACAGUAUUGGAUGCUCCCAAUAUGGAAUUUCUUUUUGGGCUUGAUAUGCUGCGGAAACAUCAGUGCAUAAUUGACUUAAAAGACAAUGUUCUUAGAGUAGGAGGUGGUGAGGUUUCAGUGCCCUUCUUACAAGAGAAAGACAUCCCUUCACAUAUACGUGAUGAAGAGAAACUAUCGAAGCUAGCAUCUCUCAGCCAAGGAGCUGCUGGAGAAUCGUCAACGGCACGGGAGAAGACUCCUGAUGCGCCACCACGAGCUCCUACUACAGGUGCUCCAGCUGUGAAUCCUCCGCAACCACAGGGAGGAGGAGAUUUCGAAGCAAAAGUCACGAAACUGGUGGAACUUGGAUUCGACCGGGCAUCCGUAAUCCAAGCUCUCAAGUUGUUCAACGGGAAUGAGGAGCAGGCUGCUGCUUUCUUGUUUGGUGGUUAGAGUCUUGUGAUGAUGAUUUGAGAGAGUUCUUUCUAUUGCUCACGACCCUUUCAAGGGCUGAACAUUUUAUACACAGUGAUGGAGGGAGAUAUCAGUAUAUCACCUCUUGGGCCUUUGUGAAACUAGAACUUCUGUUUGGCCAAUACAGGCUUUUGGUUUAGAGAUGAUGGUUCAUAUUUCUCCUUCCAUAGAAAACCCAUUUUCUUGCCUUCAGUACCUGAUACAAAGAUCAUGUGCAUUUCGAUCUCAUUUGUUUGCCAAUGAUGUGAAUUAUUGGUCUCAUAUAUAUGGUCCUCACAGGUGAACUGCAAUCAAUGUACUGUCGAUUGUCGAGUUUUUCUGUUA